AUGACACGCUUUAAGCUAGUUUCACAUACUAAAGUAGUCAAGCUUCUAAAUGGUAUAUCCAAUUCGAAAGCAACUGGUCUUGAUAAAAUAUCUGGAAAGAUCUUAAAAACUGCAGCCCCUACUAUUGCCUUAUCACUCACGCACAUCUUUAAUCAUGCUAUCAUAACAAGCUGUUUUCCAUAUGAAUGGAAAGCUGCUAGACUUCUACCACUUCAUAAAAGGGGUUCACGAGAUCUCCCAGAAAACUAUAGGCCAAUCUCAAUCUUACCUGCAAUAAGUAAGGUUAUGGAAAGAAUUAUGUAG